CAGUAUUUCUAGUAUAGUAAUCAUAACAAGGAGUCAGCUUUCAAGCAUAUAAUUAAUUAUAAAGAUUUCUCAGACAUAAAUUGAUAAUAAAAUGCUAAAAUCAGUCAUAUUAAUUGGUGGAGAUCGAAAAGGUACACGAUUUCGUCCUUUGUCAUUGGACUUUCGAAAGCCUUUAUUUCCAAUUGGUGGGCUACCAAUAAUUGAGCAUCAUAUUCAGGCAUGCACGGAACUGAAAGAAUUACAGGAAAUAUUAAUAAUUGGAUCUUACAACUCAUCUGAAAUGAAGAGCUUCUUAGAUGAAGUUCAAGCUAAAUAUAGUAUUAAUAUUCGGUAUCUUCAAGAAUUUGUUGAAUUGGGAACAGCAGGUGGACUGUAUCACUUUAGAGACCAGAUUCGACGAGGCAAUCCAGAAGCAUUCUUUGUUCUUAAUGGUGACGUUUGUGCAGACUUUCCAUUGAGGCAAUUAUAUGAAUUCCAUAAAAGUAAACCAAAGGCACUAGUAUCAAUAUUAAGCACAGAGGCUGACAGAACUGAAAGUGUCAAUUAUGGAUGUUUAGUGACCAACAAGGUUACUGGAGAGGUCACACAUUAUGUCGAGAAACCAAAUUCUUAUGUAUCUCCACUAAUUAACUGCGGUGUCUAUGUUCUAUCAACUGACAUCUUUCCAGUUAUUGCUAAUGUCUUUUAUUCAAGAGGAGAGAAUGGUGACUGGAAUGGAAAUGGCAUAAAAGAUGAAGGACAUAUUCAGUUGGAGCAGGAAAUCUUACAGCCACUUGCAGGAACUGAAAAGCUGUACACGAUUACAUUAAAUAUGAAGUGGUCACAAGUCAAGAAUGCAGCAUCAGCAAUUUAUGCAAAUCGUCAGGCAUUGGAACUUCAACGCAAGCAUUAUCCUGAGAGAUUUACAUACAAGACUAAUUGCACAAUAAUUGAUAAUGUUUUCAUACACCCAACAGCACAAAUUGACGAUACUGCUGUUAUUGGACCAAAUGUUUCGAUUGGAAAGAACGUAGUCAUCGGUCCUGGAGUGAGAAUUCGCGAGUCAAUCAUACUUGAUUAUUCAACAGUUGAUAGUCAUACACUGAUCAUUCACAGCAUUAUUGGACGAAACUCAAAGAUUGGAAAGUGGGCGAGAAUUGAAGGAACUCAAGUUGAUCCAGAUCCAAAUAAGCCAUUUGCAAAAAUCAAGAAUCUUCCACUGUUUAAUCAAAAUGGUAAAUUAAAUCCAUCGACUGCAAUAAUCGGAAAUGGCUGUACUGUAUCUUCUGAAAUCAUCUUACUUAAUACUAUUAUAUUGCCCAGCAAGGAGCUUACACGUAGUUUUAAGAAUGAAAUCAUUUUAUAACUAUAUUACAUGGCUUCAAUAAACGCACUUUAUUAUUAUUACUUCUAUUCUGGAUCUUACAUGCUGCGUACUCUUUUCUUCUCUCGAUACACGCUCAUUUGUUGUA